GCGAAUGCAAAAAACAUCGUUUUUUUUUGUACAAAGCGGGAUCAGCAAACUUCGGAUUCGAGCAAAAACGGAAGUAGUUGCAGUUCACCAUCUUGUGUGUCCGGUAAGAGCUCCUGCCCACUUUUUUCUUUAUCCAAUAACCAGUGCCGGUGGAGCAGCCGUCUACAGGGGCCGACAGAGUUAGCGGGAAACCGGUGUUAAAGGGGACACGCUGAACAAUAAUUACCCCCUAUAUUUAUUUUCAUUAUUUUUUGAUCCACUGUAUUCAUCGUCUGUUGAGUUUAAAUCGCUAUGCUUCCACAGAGACGGUGACAAAUCGGAAUUUAAACAGAAUCAAGCCCUGGCUUCCAUGCUAACAUCUGGCUCGACUUCCGAAUCGGCUAGCAAGAACUAGAACGUCGCGUUUUACUCGAGAAGACAACAGAAAACGCUGCCGACAAGGAGGAGACAAAAGGCUAAAUUUUUGGUGACGUGCAAAAGCUGAAAUGAGUCUGUUUAAUUUGGACCGUUUUCGUUAUGAGAAGGCUGCAGCUAGCAAAGACAAAGAGUGCGGUUCCAAGAGUCCCGAGUCUGAAAAGGAGAACAAGCCAGCAAAACCUGUCAGACCUGUCAAAACCCCACACAAGUCCAAUCCACGAGGAGUUGUUUUUGAGGAUGUCAUUUCUUUGGACACAGACGAGGAGGUUCUUUCUGAACCAAACGCCAAAAUAUCUUUAACCAAGAAAAUCAAGAGUUCUGUGCAAAACUCAUCCACAAAGGAGGAUCACACAAGUGAUGAAGAUGUGUUAGACGAAAAAAUGUCCCGCUUACUGGAGAUGUUUCCUCAGUUGUCAAGAGUUGAUCUAUUGGAGGUGAUUAGCAGCACAAGCACGUUGGACGGGGCUGUAGCUCUGUGCUUGCAAAGGUUUGGUGAGAGCAAAGGCAAGUCACGGAAGAGAAAACACGAUUUAUCCAGUUUGUCUCAAGACCACAAAAAGAUUCAAGCAAACAAAAGGAGGAGGUCAUCGGUGGAUUCCAAUGAAGCAGAAGACAACAAGAGUAAUGGACCUAGCUGGGAAAAGCAGGAAGCCAUGGUCAAGAGACUUCAGAAGAGGUUUCCAGAUCAGGACAAAGAGGAGCUGCGGAUGGUGCUGCAGGAACACGACUGGAAUGCUGAGGAGGCUCUGCAGGUUCUGGAGAUGUUCUCAGACACAGAUGUUUCUAGUUCGAAGUCAGUUGAGUCAGAAAAUAUAAAGACUUUAAGCAAAGACGGAACAACCAGCAGUGAAGAGACGAAGCGGAACCACAACAAUAAGACAAAUGGGGAGUGGAAGGAACCUGAAGAUCUCAUCAGCUGCAUCAGUGAAACCGAGGACAGCAGCACCGACGCCACGGAGGACAGCGAGGAAGAAACGGACCCCAAGAACAGCAAAAAUUCAGAAAGCAAAAUUAAAGUUGGAGCUGUUUUUUCAUGGCUUUCCAAAAAGUCGGAUUCAGUAUCUUCUGAAAAGGAAAUAAAAAGCUCUUCCUCUCCAAAGCCUUCAUCCACCUCUUCAGUGACGAAGGCCAAGCCUAGAUUUGCCAGUGAGAGCAGAAUAGCACAGAAGCAAGUUGCAGAGAGAAAGAUAAAAGCCCAUUCCUCAAAUGAACCAAUUAGUUCAGAGGAUGAUUCUGAUGAUGAAGACGAGGCAGUAUCAAGCGAUUUUGGGGAUUCAGAUGAGGAGCCUGAUGAGAAUCGCGGCUUGACGGAAACAAAAAAGGAGAUUCUCCAAUUUUUCCAGGAUGCAUCUAUAGACGAGCUCACACUCAUCUCAGGUUGUUCUAUCAAAAAGGCCCAGAGGAUUGUUGAACUGAGACCUUUUGACAACUGGGAAAUGCUGUGUGAUGUGUUUCAUAAAGGAAACGGACUUUCAGAAGAAUUGCUGCUGGGCUGCAAGGUCGUCCUCAAAGAGCGUAAGGUUGUCCUCGGUCUCAUGUCCAAGUGUCAGAGCAUUUCUAAAAGAAUGGUCAAGCAGGUCACAGAGGUGAUGGAGAACGGAACAGCCUCCAUGCAUCAGCCCUCUGUACUCAAUAACCAGUUCAAGCUUAAGCCGUAUCAGCUGAUCGGUCUGAAAUGGCUUUUGCUUCUCCAUGAACAUAACCUAAGUGGUAUCCUUGCUGAUGAAAUGGGUUUGGGGAAAACUAUCCAGGCUAUUGCAUUUUUGGCCAAACUUUUUGAGACUGGAAUAGACGGUCCUCACCUCAUCAUUGUGCCUGCCUCUACACUGGACAACUGGGUCAGAGAGCUGAAACUGUGGUGUCCAAGCCUUGAAGUUCUCAUUUACUAUGGAUCAGUGGAUGAGCGCCGCUACCUCAAACAUGAAAUCCUCAACAACUACGUGCAGUUUAACGUCAUUGUAACAACGUAUAACUUGGCCAUUGGAAACGACAGCGACCGCAGCCUUUUUCGGAAGCUUCCUCUGGUUUAUGCUGUGUUCGAUGAGGGCCACAUGCUGAAGAACAUGAACUCUUUACGCUACCGUCACCUCAUGUCCAUCAAUGCAAAGCAUCGCCUGCUGCUGACAGGAACUCCUUUACAGAACAACCUCCUGGAACUGAUGUCCCUCCUGAACUUCAUUAUGCCCUCAAUGUUUUCCAGCUCUACAUCACAACUCUCCAAAAUGUUUUCCAUGAAAUCCCACGAGGACCAAAGUCGUUUUGAGAGGGAUCGUAUUUCCCAGGCCAAACGAAUCAUGAAACCUUUCAUCCUGCGAAGAGUCAAGAGUGAGGUCCUCCAGCAGCUUCCUGCCAAAGAAGAGACGGUGGAGUUCUGCCCGAUGAGUGAGAAGCAGAUCCCCCUCUACCAGAACCUCUUUAAAAAGCUAAAGACUGCAGUCAUUGGAGAGAAGCGAGAGCUCUCCAAUGUAAUGAUGCAGCUGAGGAAGAUGGCCAACCACCCUCUUCUUCACAGACAGUACUACACCAAGGAGAAGCUUAAAGCUAUGAGCAAACUCAUGCUGAAGGAGCCAACACACUUUGAUGCAGAUGCUGCUUUAAUUCAGGAGGACAUGGAAGUGAUGUCUGACUUUGAGCUGCACCGUUUGUGUCAGCAGUUCUCAUCCAUUAGUUCUUACCAGCUGGAUAUUGGUCUCGUGCUGGAUUCUGGGAAAUUUCAUCACCUCACAAAGCUGCUGGCUACACUCAAAAGCAAGGGAGACAGAGUGGUGUUGUUCAGUCAGUUCACCAUGAUGCUGGACAUUGUGGAGGUGCUGCUGAAACAUCUUCAGCACCGUUAUGUGCGGCUGGAUGGAUCCACUCCCAUAGCUGAUAGGAUUGUGCUGAUAGAUGAGUACAACACGGACCCCGACAUAUUUGUGUUCCUGUUGUCGACCCGUGCCGGAGGGCUUGGCAUCAACCUAACAACAGCCAAUGUCGUCAUCCUGCAUGACAUCGACUGCAAUCCGUACAACGACAAACAGGCCGAAGACCGGUGUCACCGCGUCGGUCAGACCAGGACUGUCCAGGUGAUAAAGCUGAUCAGUAAAGACACCAUAGAGGACUGCAUCCUGCAGCUGGGCCAAAAGAAACUCAAACUAGAGCAAGAAAUGACUGCUACUGAAGAAGGUGCAGAGGGAACCAUACCUGAAGACAUGGCGUCUUUGCUGAAAGCCUCACUGGGUCUGUGAUGCGCAAACACAUCACGUCUAACUGAAUAAUGGCGUUUUCUGUUCACCCAUUGUUUUGAACAUCCAUAGUUGUGUUUGGACUACUGCUGGGCGACCUGCCAUCAGUAGAACCUGUGGCAUUGUUGCUUUGAUUUUUCAUGCAAACAGUUUUUGCUUUUCAACUGCUAGACUGAUUGUGUUUUGGCCCUUCCAGCUGCAUAGCUGAGCCCUGAAAACUGUUCAUUUUCUUUGCCUUGGAGCUGAUAAUGAUGAUGGUCUGCUGCUGUACUGAGAAAGAGCUGAGGUGUGCAUAUAAGCAGCACUUAUAUGGUUUAACCUCUGGACAAUACACACUUUAGUAAACUUAAAAAAAAAA